AUGCAAAUGUUUUCUUUAAAUUUUUUUAUGUAUACCAUUUGUGGUAUGUGGCGACCGAUCGAAUGGACAUCAAAGGUUGUCAAUUUUCUGUAUAAUGUAUUUAAUUAUAUUGUAUUACUCUUGGAAUACUUUACGAUGUUAACUCAAUUCCUGGAUUUUCUAUUUGUUAUCGACAAUGUCGAUGAUUUCGUUGCUAAUUCUAUAUGGUUCGUGAGUUUUGUUGAUAUGGUAUGUAAAGCGACUGUCGUUGUAAUACGUCGCAAUGCGAUCAUUAGCUUGAUACAAGUAUUGCUGAAGGGUCCAUGUAAACCUCAAGAUGAAGACGAAAUAGCAAUACAAACAAAAUUUGAUAAAUUCGUCAGAUUGUGUUCAAUGAAAUAUUUGUUUCUGGGGAUAAUCUCACUUAUAGGAGUCACAAUAGGAUCAGUAUUCAAAAUUAUGCAUGGUCAAUUACCUUGUCGAAUAUGGUUACCAUUCGAUUACAAUGUGUCUCUAGUGUUCUGGAUUGUAUCUAUUCAACAAAUUAUAGCUAUAAUUUUUGGCACUUUCAUAGCUGUCGCUACGGACACCUUAGUCUCUGGAUUAAUUUUAGAAACAUGUGUCCAACUCGAAAUUUUCGAAAAUCGUCUUCACAAAUUAAUAAAUAACAAAACAGUUAAAUAUCUGGGAAAUGCUCUUUGCUCGUUGAAUGAAGACAAAACAAGAAUAUCGAAAUGCAUACGUCAUCAUCUCAGUAUUUACAAAUAUGCCAAAACGGUAAACAUUAUAUUUAACCAGAUGCUUUUCGUUCAAUUCUUUGCAAGUAUACUGGUAUUGUGUUCAGCUGUGUAUUAUCUGUCAACACAUAUUACAGAAUUGUCUGCUAUUGUAAAUUGUUUAGUGUACACUAUUGGCUUAUUUGUACAAAUCUAUGUUUAUUGCUGGUCUGGAAACGAAGUCAUUCUAAAGAGUAUGAGCGUAGGAAAUGCUAUAUAUUGUAUGGACUGGCCAUUAUUAUCAGUUAACGAAAAAAAAGAAUUGCUCAUAGUCAUGAUACGAAGCACAGUCCCUAUAAAGUUCACUAGCAGCUUCUUGAUAACGCUAUCUCUUCAGUCCUACAGCAAUAUCUUAAAAACGUCAUACUCGGUAUUUAAUGUACUUAAAAAAUGA